AUGAAACCUGCUGCGGCGAUUCGCAUGCCUCCCACCACAAAAAUUGCCCCACAAAAUGGCCAUCACGACCUCGAACGUCAGAAAGGCGAAGAGAACCUGCAUGCAAUGCAGAGCUCGAAAGGCGAGGCUCCCCCCUUUCAACUUAUCGGCCCCAAAAUUGACUUCCAUGCCAGUUUCUGCCGCAAUUGUGAACGCUUGAAAUUCGAUUGCUCCUUUGCACGAUCGGCGGAUGGGCCUAGUGCUAGCGAGAAUUCGAGCGACUUCCAAGUCCAACUGGAGCGACGACGGGGUGCCCUAGCUUGCAUUGAAUGCCGUUCCCAAAAGAUUAAAUGCCCUGGAGAUUUCCCCACUUGUGGAAACUGCCUUCGAAGAAAUCGCCCAUGCUCGUAUCCCGUGCCAAAAAGACCGACCCGAGAGUAUCGACAGCGGAAUGCACCAGAACAAGACCACCGCCCAGAAUCACCGACAAAUGGAGUGCAAGUUUCUUCGGCGUCCGGUCCUCAUGAGUCCGACAACUUUUUACCGGGCCCCAAUGAAGUGAUUGUCCUGAUUGAGGCGUAUUUUCUACAUGUGUACCAGCUUCCUUGGUACGCCUUCGUCCACAAAGAUUCGGUGAUCCAACGGUUUAUCGAUGGGACCAUAGAGCCCUGCUUGACCUUAGCGAUAUGUGCCACCACUACUCAGCGCAUCAAGUUUGAGCAAUACAGCUCAGAGCUAAGCGCCAAAUGGGCCGGCAAAGCCGAAGAAUUCAUCAUGGAGACGCUUGAGACUCCCUCAAUAUCACGACUUCAAGCGCUUAUGCUGGUGGUGCGAUGGCGGGUUGAAGCGGGUCAAUUCUCCAGGGCUUUCAUGCUCGCCGCCCUUGCUGGACGAUUUGCCGUGGCCCUUCGCCUCAAUUACGAACGUCCAGAACUCCGAUUUCUGGCGCAAGAAGUUCGUCGACGACUUAUGUGGUCAUGCUUCGUUCUCGAUAGCCACUUCUCCAUUGGAUUGCGCGAGUACGAAUAUUGUUCGCCUGAUAUCAUUUACCUCCAGCUUCCGUGUCCGGAGACAGAAUUUGAAGACGAUGUUCCUGUCGAGACGGCGCCUCUUCGCGCCGUUUCUUUCAAUACCAUUGAAGGACUUGGGACCUACGCUGCCUGUGUACGGUUGGUUGCCAUUAGACGAGAUAUCAUGAGACUCACGCGACGUGUGGCGUCUUCUCCCAUGCAAGUUUCCGAGCUCAUGCGUGCUGUACGACAAUUUGAAGCCGAACUCGAACAUCUGUACCGAAGCAUUGCCGAAAUAGACAAAUACUCCCCGACUAUAUUCUUGCAUUCCAAAAAACAAGCCCGACACCUGAUGCUCCACCAGUCUUGGCACCUCUCUCAUUGUGACCUAUAUCGAAUCUUCUUAACCGGAUAUCGAGAGGCAGCACCGGCUUCCACACUGGAGGGAAUUGACAAUAGGGAAAUCUUGAGAAUGCAGUCUUUGUGUCUACAACAUGCGCUGACAAUUGUCCAAAUAAUCGCCGAGUUCUCAAAGCAUUGUACUGCUCAAACCAUUGACUCCGAUACUGCUAUCUGCGCAUAUCACAGCACUCGAAUCAUUCUCUUCACUUCUCAAACCGAUAGGCUCCCGCAAAGGUUGAGUAAAACGGCUGCAUUGGAGCAAGUUCGUGUAUGCCAGAACAUAAUGAAUCGAUUCUUCGCGACCUCUCCGGUGGUAGAACCUAUGAAGAAAGAAAUGGAAAUGUUGAUUGCCCAGCAUUCAUCGAAGGUCACCUCGAACAACACACUGUUGGUGUCACCGCGCGAAGAUGGCAUGGGAGAUGACGACUCGAAAAUCCGUGAUGAAGCUAGGGCCCGACAGAGAUUGGCUAUUCAUAGCUUGGUUCGAAGGGCCGAUUUUGUCGACGACAGCAAUGAAGUCACCAGUCCCGCUCAUACUCAUGUACACCGGUCCCCUGCAAAAGCCCGACAAAAGGUCUCCAGUGUACGGAAUAUGUUGAUAGAACCACCCGCUCGUCGGAACAUUACUCCUGUCGGCAUACUUGAAAGCUCUCAGAAUGCACUAAACCAAGGACCAAGGAUCACCGAGGAGAACAACAGGGGUGAAUCCACCCGCAAUGAAGAAUCGGAGUCCGAUCAAUGGAUGGAUGGAAUGCGUUUCGCAUUCAAUCCUUGGAUGGGCUGGUCAGAAACUCUAGAAGCAUAUGGAUUUUCCCAAGAUAUGGAUGGCGACUACUUUUAG